GGCAGGGGUGCUUGUUUUAGCUCCCCCAGCAAGGCCCGUCACCCUAAGGGCCACUUCGUGUGCCCUGAUCCCCCAUGGCUGGCUCAGCCCGGGCGCCGAGACAGAAGGACCAGCCGUUGCAAUCCUGGCCCCGCGAAUCACACGUUGGCCCCUAAAAGCUGCUCUUCAGGUGGAGGCAGCAGAAUGCCGAGGCCCCAAAUGCACGUGUGCCUCACAAGUGCCGUCUCCGCCUCGUCCCUUUACUGCUUUUGGAGACGGUGCAAGCCCAGAGGGGCCAUGCCAAGGCCCUGGGGCAGAGGAGCCCCUGGUCACAAACCCAGCCCCGCAGAAGGGCCGUGGUCUGCACAUCCGUGGCUCUGGGUUGAGGAGGAAGGCGGUGAGCUGUGGGGAGGCCCCCUGAAAAUACUCUCUAGUACUCGGAGGAGGGGGCGCGGGUGGCCCUCAGCUGCAGGGGCUCCGGGGAGAGGGGCAGGUGUGUCUGGGACUUUAUUUGUAUUAAAACUGCAAGUCUCAGGUUUGGGGGACCCCUCCCUGCAAUUGGUGAGCAUGGUUGCCCUGGAGCUGGCUGGGGGCGCACAGAGGACGUGGUCCUGGGGCUGGGCUGCGCUUCUGGAAGGGGAGGGACAGGCCGAAGGACGGGUCGCGGUGGGGCCAGGGAGGGCUUUGGCCUUGAACUCGGCUUCCUUAACCCUUGGAUCAGGCUUAGGGUUUCCUCUUUGGCUCGGAGCAGAGGGAGCACUUGGCUACCUGCGUGGGUUUAAAUUCAUGUUUCAAGGUCCCCGCCUCCUGCGUGCCUUGUCUGGCCUGGGCAGCGUGGCCUGGGGGGUGGGCUCUGUCCCGGGCGCAGACUGGGCGCCUGCCGUGGGAAUGGGGUGGGCUGUGCCCCACUUCUCUGGACCUCGGUUUCCUCACGUGGGGAACGGGGCUGGAUUCUGUGCUCCAAGGCGCCAUCCAGGCCCGCCCUUUCUGACUGUGGUCCUGGGUCAGCAGGGGUCACUCGGGCCCCACUGCCUUGGCGGGAACGGGGCUCCGAUCUGUGGGGGCCUGGCCCCGGGCAGCCUGCAGCCGUCCAGCCUCAUGCCCUCUGGCCUCGGGUUUGUGUCCGAGCUCCCUCGACACUCCUCCUGGAACCGGUUCCUUCUCCUCUCCUGGCCAGGCUUGGUCCCCCAUCUGGGUCCCCACCAGGAACUGGGGUCCCUCCCCUACGCCCCGCUCCGGCGGCCGGUCUCCUGCGCCGUGACCUGUCCCCUUGGGGGGCGGAGCAGGUUUUCCUCAAGAGCUAUUAACCUGCAGAGAAAAAAACGUGUCGAGGAACGGCGGAAAUAAGGGUGAGGACAGGCGUGGCGCUCAGGACCAGGCGAGGGUCUGCAGCCUGGCCCUCACCGCGCUGCCGGAUGGUCUCUGCGUUUCAGUGCUGGCCGCGGCGAGAGGCAGCCCGGCGGCCUCCGCAGCCCUCCGUCCGCCCGAGCGCCCGCUGCGGGGGGAGGGCAGAGCGGAAAACCGCCGGGGCUGUGCCCGCGUCAGGGCGGCCAGCGGCACGAUGGCGUGAGAACAUGCCUUAAAUCCAUUACUCUAAGUGCUUUGGGCUUUAUGUGCUGUGGGACUCUCAGUCCGGGGGAAAACCUUUUAAUAAGUCAUUAUUAAAACCAUUUGCCUUUCGA